AGUUCUGUAGGAUAUGAUUAAGUGGGAUGGAUGAAAACAAUGGAUGUGGGGAGCUGGACUAUUUGCUGCAAGAUGAACACUCACUCAUAGAGGGAGUCAGCAACCCUGUCCUGUUUGUGGUCGUUCUCAGUGUCACGUUCCUGUGUGGACUGGUGACUCUGCUCUGCAGGUCUAGUAAUUAUUGACAUUCUUAUGGGAAUACAUGGUGUUAUGAUGUUUUUGUAACCAGUUAUUAACUUUUUUUUAAAAUGUUUAUUACUUUCCUAAAUUAUACAUAUAAGCUCAGCAAAAAAAGAAACGUCCCUUUUUCAGGACCCUGUCUUUCAAAGAUAAUAUGUACAAAACCAAAUAACUUCACAGAUCUUCAUUGUAAAGGGUUUAAACACUGAUUCCCAUGCUUGUUCAAUGAACCAUAAACAAUUAAUGAACAUGCACCUGUGGAACGGUCAUUAAGACACUAAAAGCUUACAGACGGUAGGCAAUUAAGGUCACAGUUAUGAAAACUUAGGACACUAAAGAGGCCUUUCUACUGACUCUGAAAAACACCAAAAGAAAGAUGCCCAGGGUCCCUGCUCAUCUGUGUGAACGUGCCUUAGGCAUGCUGCAAGGAGGCAUGAGGACUGCAGAUGUGGCCAAGGCAAUAAAUUGCUAUGUCCGUACUGUGAGACGCCUAAGACAGCGCUACAGGGAGACAGAACGGACAGCUGAUCGUCCUCGCAGUGGCAGACCACGUGUAACAACACCUGCACAGGAUCAGUACAUCCGAACAUCACGCCUGCAGUACAGUUACAGGAUGGCAACAACAACUGCCCGAGUUACACCAGGAACGCACAAUCCCUCCAUCAGUGCUCAGACUGUCCGCAAUAGGCUGAGAGAGGCUGGACUGAGGGCUUGUAGGCCUGCUGUAAGGCAGGUCCUCACCAGACAUCACCGGCAACAACGUCGCCUAUGGGCACAAACCCACCGUCGCUGGACCAAACAGGACUGGCAAAAAGUGCUCUUUACUGACGAGUCGUGGUUUUGUCUCAUGGUCGGAUUCGCGUUUAUCAUUGAAGGAAUGAGCGUUACACCGAGGCCUGUACUCUGGAGCGGGAUCGAGGUGGAGGUUCUGUCAUGGUCUGGGGCAGUGUAUCACAGCAUCACCGGACUGAGCUUGUUGUCAUUGCAGGUAAACUCAGCACUGUGCGUUACAGGGAAGACAUCCUCCUCCCUCAUUUGGUACCCUUCCUGCAGGUUCAUCCUGACAUGACCCUCCAGCAUUACAAUGCCACCAGCCAUACUGCUUGUUCUGUGUGUGAUUUCCUGCAAGACAGGAAUGUCAGUGUUCUGCCAUGGCCAGCGAAGAGCCCGGAUCUCAAUCCCAUUGAGCACGUCUGGCACCUGUUGGAUCUGAGGGUGAGGGCUAGGGCCAUUCCCCCCAGAAAUGUCCGGGAACUUGCAGAUGCCUUGGUGGAAGAGUGGGGUAACAUCUCACAGCAAGAACUGGCAAAUCUGGUGCAGUCCAUGAGGAGGAGAUGCACUGCAGUACUUAAUGCAGCUGGUGGCCACACCAGAUACUGACUGUUACUUUUGAUUUUGACCCUCCCGUUUGUUCAGGGACACAUUAUUCAAUUUCUGUUAGUCACGUCUGUUGAACUUGUUCAGUUUAUGUCUGUUGUUGAAUCUUGUUAUGUUCAUACAAAUAUUUACACAUGUUAAGUGUGCUGAAAAUAAACGCAGUUGACAGUGAGAGGACGUUUUCUUUUUUUUGCUGAGUUUAUUUGUUUUCAACUGAUAUGCCAGUGAAUAUUGUAGUUGGCAAGUUGUAGGUGUGUUUUUAAUAUCUGAACCUAAAGAUGUUUUUGAUUCUACACAUCUCUUUCUGAAGAAAUGAGCAGCAUGACAUCCACCCAGAGAGCCAGGAACAUGUCCGUGCCGUCCGGCAGCAGCUGCAGUCCGAAUCUCAGGUGAGAAGAUCUGGCACUGUAACUGUCCCUUGGCAGCUCCUUCCUUUCUACAGCGGGGUCAUGUUCAUUAGGCACCAAAUGGAAGAAAAUGUACUGAUACAAAGAGGGACUAACUGGACUAGUUUAAUCCAUUUCAAAACGAUUUCUGUUGUGUCCCCUAAUGAACAGGACCCUGGUAUUGUAUCUCAUUAGUUUCUCCUCCAUGAAAGUAUCAUACCACACCCUUCGCUCUCUCCGUCCCUCAGGAAGGUGAACCAGCCGAGCCAAGGCAACAGUUCUAUACAGACAUGUCCUGUCCAGUGUGUCUACAGCAGGCUGUGCUGCCAGUGGAAACCAACUGUGGACAUCUCUUCUGUGGUGAGUAGACUGAGAGGAACAAGGAAUCAGAACCAGGCCAUAGCAGAGUAUGUGAGCAGAGCUGGAGUUGAGCGUGCCCAAUUUGACUGGAGCGUGGAUUGAGUUUCCCAAAGGCUGGAGCGUCGGCCUUCUCCCAAAGGCUGGAGCGUCGGCCUUCUCCCAAAGGCUGGAGCGUCGGCCUUCUCCCAAAGGCUGGAGCGUCGGCCUUCUCCCAAAGGCUGGAGCGUCGGCCUUCUCCCAAAGGCUGGAGCGUCGGCCUUCUCCCAAAGGCUGGAGCGUCGGCCUUCUCCCAAAGGCUGGAGCGUCGGCCUUCUCCCAAAGGCUGGAGCGUCGGCCUUCUCGCCCGCUCCAAUUUUGCUCCAGUAGCGCUCAUUUCACCAGCUCAGGGCGCGGCCCGGCCCAGCAUGCAUUUGUAGUCUACUUGUGUGCUGUUACAGCCCCUUGCUUUAGCUACUGUCAUCUAGUUUGCUAAAUCUUUUCAUAAAGAAACUGAUAAAACACACAGGUGAAAAAUCAAGGUGAGUUACAAACAAUGUUCCCUUUUUUUCGGCACUGAGCAAAUUUCAGGUCUGCUGAGCGCAAACUUGAAUGUUGUGAAAAUUCUGUGCAAAUGAGGCUGAACACGUUUUAAGUUACAGUUUUAACAGUGGCUAUUUGAUCAUAAUGUAGGCCUACCAGAGUGGCUUACCAUCAAAAACAAUGGAGAAAACGCAUCCCAUAACAUUUUAACAUGGAAAUAUCUGUUCUAUCAUUCAGCCUACAGCAGCAGCCAAUGUGUGGUGUUUAAUGUAGACCUAUAUAUGGCAAUGUUCUAUUUGCAUAUAGGCCUACUGCAGCUCUGAUUGGUUAUGCCACACCAGUCUGUGUCGAGUAGGGGCUGAGUCCUGCCUGUCAAUGCAAUAGAAUCCUACUCCGAAGCGUUCUGCCAAAAAGACAAAGACAAAAUCUCUUGCAUAGUUCGUUUUGUUUCGGUAUGUUUCAUUGAAAGUGGCUAAUAUUGCGUUGAUUCGAUCACACUUGCCACAGUAAAGGGAAAUGUUGGUAGUGUUAACAUGGAAAACUCUAGAACAGUGGUCACCAACCUUUCCUGAGUCGAGAUCACUUUGAGUCAAAAUGCAAGCCGAGAUCUACCGCUCAGAUUUUUUAAUCUUUUUUACAUGACUUAAAAAACGUAAGCCUGUGCAACAUUAACCAAUUAAAAACAGUUCUGUAGCAAUGAGGUUUGUGCGGUAAGCUAUAAGACCCACACAUUAUCACCACAUAUUAGCUUUGCUUGAAUUGCCCUGCCAAUGCAUUGUUGUUUGGACAAUUUAAAAAAAGUAUAUUUCAAAAUUUGAAGUAGGCUACAUGAUCACACCGGUCAUAGUUCUAUUGUGUUACUUGUGAAGCACAGCUGAGUGAGCAGACAUUUAAAAUCAUUUGCUUUUCAUACUGAACAAAAAUAUAAACGCAACAAUUUCAAAGAUUCUACUGAGUUACAGCUCAUAUAAGGAAAUCAGUCAAUUGAAAUACAUUUGUUAGGCCCUAGUCUAUGGAUUUUACAUGGCUGGGCAGGGGUGCAGCCAUGGGUGGGCCUGGGAAGGCAUAGGCCCACCCACUUGGCAGCCAGGUGAGCCAGGCCCAGCCAAUCAGAAUGAGUUUUUCCCCACAAAAGGGCUUUAUUACAGACAGAAAUACUCCACAGCAUUUUCCCUGUGUCCAAUGACCUUGAGCCUUCUUGGACGGGCACUUCUACUGUAAAUCUAUGGCAGCACCCAAGGGGGGCUUGAACUGCCUAGGUCUCCCUGUAGAUUCUGUGGUGACGUAGUGUCCCCAUGAGUGACAGAACACUGAGCCAAUCACGGUGCAAGUAGAGAACAUUACCAACCCCUACGCUCCGUAUUUUCCGCUGGCUGCCCCUCCACCAGAGAAAGCACUGAGCUAGGCUGAAACACCUGCAUUUUGGAGCGGCUUUAUUAACUCAAGGAGUUUAUUUGUACAUUGUUUUUUUUAUUUUUUUGGGGGUGGGGGGGGGUGGAUCAGCUUAAUAUUGCUGAUAGAUUGUAUCUUCUAUCAAUGUAAUUGUUUGCAUCACUUCCAAUCCCCCAUGUUUUUAUAUAUAUAUACUCCCCUUUAUUACUUUCCAACCCCGCCAUCCUUUCCCUACUUGGGGUAAAUUAGUGAACAACAAUGCCCAGGCCUCUACUUCCGGUCUAUACUUACUAUCUACACCUUAUUUGUACAUUGUUUGCAAACUGAUAUCUAACAUGAAUUAAUGCCAAAAUAACAUGCAAAAUAGGCCAAUUAUAAUGUACUUUUUUUUUAUGAGCACUUAUUACAGUAACCAUUCCUGUUGUUUAUUAAAAUACUUUUCAUUCAAAUCAUUUGGUUUAGUUUCAAUACUUCAAAACCAAUUGGUAGAUCCAGGUAGUCACAAAAAUAGAUGGGUGUUGGUUAAAUUGUGAUUUUAAUGAAUGGAGCGAAUUUGGAGCAGGAUUUUUUUUUCUUCCUGUGAGCGCGGAGCGGUUUUUAGCGGCGCGGUUGGAAAGCACAUGGAGCGCCUGAGAGGUGAGCAAGCAACUCUCCAUGAGCUAUGAGUGGGAUUUCCAACCGCUCAACUCUGCUCACAUACUCUGGUGUGCAUAGAGUCAGUACAGGUAGGGUCAGUACAGGUAGGGUCAGUACAGGUAGGGUCAGUACAGGUAGGGUCAGUACAGGAACAAGGAAUUAGAACCAGGCCAGCUAUUGACUGAUUUUAAGCCAUUGGAUGAUAGAUCCAUCUGGAUAUGAUCAAGUUUUCCUGUAUUUUGAAGGUUCUUGUGUAAUUGCGUAUUGGAGAUAUGGGACGUGGCUCGGUGCAAUCAGUUGUCCCAUCUGCAGACAAAUGGUGAGACUAAAUGCUGGUUACAGCUUUUUCCUGUGCCUGCUUUCAACACAUUUUGUUAUCGUACACACCUAGUAAUACAACUUAUCCACACAUUGUUAAAACAUACAGUACCUUAACUAUUCUUUUGGAUUCUGAAAUGAAAUGAAAAUAAUAUUUACAACAGAGUGUAGUAGUGCAGUUGUUCUCACGAACAUCUCUCUCCUAUGUGAACAGGUGACCCUGCUCUUCCCGCUCUUCCAUGAGCAUCCCUCCCCUCAGCAGGUGCAGGAUGGAAUGGUUGAACCACUCCUCGUCCUCCGGGAUCUCAACGACUACAACCGCAGGUUCUCAGGACAACCCAGAUCUGUGAGUUUAAUUUGCCACAUCAGUAUUUCUCUCAUGCACUUAGAGAGAAUUAUUAUUAUUAUUAUUAUUAUUAGUGGAUAAACUGAAAGAAGCACUGGAUAAACCGAGAGAGAGUCUGCGCUGAAUUGAUUCCUUGAAAUUUCCGUUCAUUGAAUUUAAAUCAUAGUUACUCACUCCCCAUUCUGUGCUGUGAUGUCAUAUUUAAGCACUGCUGGUCCCAGAUCUGUUUGCGCCGUCUCGCCAAACUGUAUUGCGUUGCCAAUGAUCAUAGGAGUUGGCAAGACGGCACGAACACAUCUGGAAUCCGACUAAUGCUACUGCUUCAACACUGCCUUUUUAACUCCGCUGCUCUCCCCCGUCUCAGCUGAUGGACCGGCUGCGUGACGUGCCCACGUUGCUGCGCCACCUCUCCAGGGAGAUGUUCUCCGUAGGGGGCCUGUUCUGGAUGUUCCGGAUCCGUGUCCUGCUGUGUCUGAUCGGGGCUCUGACCUACCUGGCCUCCCCUCUGGACUUGAUCCCUGAGGCUCUGUUCGGCCUGCUAGGCUUCAUGGACGACAUCUUCCUCAUCCUACUCCUCUUCAUCUACAUCUCCAUCAUGUAUAGAGAGGUGGUGACCCAGAGACUGGCAGACUGA